AUGAGUCUCAAUACGAAGGAGAAUACAAAUGGGGGGACGUCUGCGGAAAAGAGCGGAAACCCGCCGGCGCAGAUAUUGACGGGGAAACAGGAGCAUUCUCGACCGGAGAUUACGGUUUGGCUAAUUCGGUUCAAAUGGCUCUUAGAUCUCAAACGGGAGUUAGUCGGCGCUCAGGUUUCGAGCGAGAUCGUUGAGCUCAAUUCUCCAACUGCGUUACGACGAUUUGGCGCCCCAUUCAAGUCGGACUUUGGAGAAAUAGCGCCUGUCGACUCAGAAUUGCCAAUUCUACGUUAUAUAUUCGUUAACCAUAUCCGGAAUUUUCCAUUUCUAGAUAAGGCACAUGAGAAGGAGUUUUGGCAAGAUCGUCUCCAGGUGUUUCUUGAGUCUUUUGCUAAUAAGAAUAUUUCGUCGAGUGAAGAUCGACAUGAAGAAACUAAGAGGCGGAAGCUCGCAAAGAAAUGCGAAAAAGUGGUCGAGCUAAUGAUGGUUUCUGGGAUACCAACCUCCUCUGGAUAUGAGGAGAGAAUACGCUUCUCAGAAAUGGAGGUUGUUGACCGAGGGGCAAAUGAACAGGGGCUACUUGUCAACAUGCCUGAAGGAAAUGUUAUCAAUGGCUGGGAUGUUAACAUCGCAUCAGUCAGAACAACCUCCGUAAGGCGAACCUUGAGAUAUCACCAGCAUGCGGAAUUCUUAAUCCGUGUCCGGCAACAAGAUGGCCCUAGCAUCUACAUUGGCCGUCGCUUCGGUGAUUUUGCGAGAUUGCACAAAAAACUACGAACUGAGUUGCCCGGGAAAAUCAUACCUCCUCUUCCCAGAAAAAAUAAAACCUCGGUAUCAUCGUCAUUCAUUGGUUCAAAUCCGGACGACGAUGCUUCGUCCACAUCGUCUGUCAAUACCCUAGAGACAACUGAAGGCCAAUCUACGCGAAACCUCAUUGUUCCGGGAACCCUCAAACAUAAAACUUCCAUGUCCUCACUCAAAUCUAUAGGCUCGCAGUCGCCUAGAGCAUCGGGAGAGCUACAGGGUGAAACUGUCACACUAUACAGAGAGGAGCAACGUGUAUCUCUUCGCGCAUUUUUGAGACUGAUUCUACAAAAUCAUAGAAUAGCCUCCUCCAAUGCGGUAAAGGAAUUCCUAACGGAUAAACCGAUCACUUUAAAUGAAGAGGAAGAGGUAGAUGUCGCAAGAAGAAAAGAACUUGAUGCCAAGCGCAUUGAAGAGCAAAGACGCUUUUACGAGAUUGCACGAAAACGGGCGCGUGAAUUAGAUGUUUAUAUGGAGCAAUUCAGACAAGAUAUUGUGGAAAGAAAUGGCCUCACAAAACUAUUUCAGGAGAUUAGAGACAAGGACUCUGUAGAAGCGUUGAGUCCACAAUAUCAAAAGUUUGCAGAAUGGCUGCGUAUCGAGUAUGUAUACCCUGCCUUCGCUUUUGUAACCGCCGGUUUCAUGUUUCUGACUAUAACAAUCUACAACAGGGUUGCGGCUACACUAUACCAUAUCUUUUUAGCUGAGGAUAAUUCUCCGGAAUUAUUCGCUCAGGCCAAACGGAUACACUCUUUGAUCCCGUAUUCGAUUUUAAAGAAUGUCAUCCGCAUUGCUAACCCUGCUGCCGUGAUGGCCGGAGUUCUGGACCUUUUCCUUGCUCAACCGUUUGGAGCUCGAUCUCUUUUACAGCGAAUAUUCGCCAUGGCGAUUCAAGACGGCGUGAAAGCUUUUCAAAAGUCAGUCGAUAGCUUAGCAGCAAGAAUCGAUGACAACAUUCUAGUAGAUAAGCUUCGAGCAUUUACGGAAGCCGAUGAACAGGUGAAGAAUGAGCUCCGUGCAGAGGCAGAAGCAGAAAGUGUUGAUAUAGUUGUGGUGAUCUUGCGGUCAGAACACUUCGAGCCGGAAUUGACUGUACGGCAGAUCGAGAAAGUGUUCAAUUCUUAUGUCGCUUGGGUGAGCGCAGUUGAAAGUAUUAAUGAUCCUGAGAUACAGCAAGGUGCCCAGUGGUUUUCAUAUCUAAAGCAGCUUUUGAAAGUGCUCACGCGGCAAAGAGAUAAGAUGAUGAUGCUUAGUAUUAUUGAAGAGCAGCCUGUGACCCUACAACUUUUCCGUGAUCUAUUCACCAUCUUCUACGAGCCUCUGGUCCGUGUUUACAAAUCUGCCAACGUCUACAAUAGCAUCACAGACUUUGCAGAAUUUGCAAAUGAUGCUAUUGCUGUCAUUGAGCGAGCUCAAAGACAAGAUGUUUCUGCCGACCCGAACCAAACUGUCCAGUCAUUUAUCGACCUCUGCACCCGCCAUCAGCAUAGUUUUUAUAAAUUCGUCCAUGAAGUUCAUAUUCAUGAUAAUGGGCUGUUCGCAUCGCUAAUGACGUGGUUGGAAGAUAUUCUCAAGUUCCUUCGCGAGGGGCCAGAAAGUGGAGGCACUCUUGACAUGAAUGCACUCUUCCAAGGAGCUGUUUCUGCUGGCCAGAUUGACAAGGAUAUCGCGAUUGCCGAGAUUGACGCCCUAAUUAAAUGGCAUUCGGACAGAAAGAAAUGGCACCAGGAUAAAACCCGGCAGAAGAUGGCGGCUGAAGGUGUUAACGAGCAGAUUCCGGGUGCUUCUACGUUUAAAAGCAGUGACUUUGGGCUCCAUGAGGGUGACUUGGAAGACCUGGUGAUUGAAGAUGAUAUUUCAGACCCAUCAGAUGAAAACUCUGAGGAUGAUGAUAUGGACCCUAUAGAAUUUGAACGCAAACGCCGUGCCAGGCACCAGGACCGGCUCCGUCGUUCUGCAGGGGAACCAGUGAAACCUAAGAUAUCGGAGAUAUUGAAGCUACGUGACUCCUUUGGAUCGAUGUUGAGGAUGGUCCUCGCAUGA